CGUUGGGCCUUCUCCAACAGUAACAGACACCUCUCGGGGAAUUAGUGGCAAUUUAUGGCUUAAUGGGCAGUCCUCCCCUACCUUGAUGACUUACCUUCGCGCAGAAAAUUGCAGGUCCGAGAGCCCAACUGGAUAACCCUCGACUCUUCAUUUUCUGCACGUCAUCAGAUUCUCGGGGAGGGAGAGAUGUCGAGCUCAGACAGUGAAGGAGAGGGUGGAGUGAGCGAGAUCAACGAUGACGUUCCUGAAGAUAACGUCCCCUUCGUUGUACCAUCAUCAUCAUCCUCUUCAGGAGGGGGAGGAGGCCCUCUCCUCUGCUUCACCAGAUUCGCGGGAGACGCCGCUGGCGGUGCACUCCUGGGCUCCGUUUUCGGUUACGGUUCUGGAUUGAUAAAAAAGAAGGGACUUAAAGGAUCAUUCGCUGAUGCCGGCUCUUGUGCCAAGACAUUUGCUGUUCUAUCUGGGGUUCACAGCCUCGUUGCCUGCUUGCUGAAGAGAGUUCGUGGCAAAGAUGAUGUAAUCAAUGCAGGCAUUGCUGGAUGUGUAACUGGACUUGCAUUAAGUUUUCCAGGUUCACCACAAGUUGUUCUCCAGAGCUGUGUCACGUUUGGAGUUUUCUCAGGUAUUAUUGAAGGACUGAAUAAGCAACAACCUGCAUUAGCAGCGCCACAAUUUGGUAAGGCUGGUGACAGGAGGAAUCACCUGGGUGCUUCGUCCCUUGUUCUUCCUCCAUUUACACUAGCAUUGCCUUGUAAUAUGGCCGAUGCAUUUUCUUCCUUCUGCCAGAACUUAUCAAAGCCUAGAGUUGGGAGACAUUGAUAUUCUUAGAUCUAUAAUCCAGCUUUUGAACUUUUCCUUAUUUUUGUCUUUUCGCUUUUUCUACAUUUUUGUCCACUUGUUUUCAGUCUCAUCUAUACCGUAAUUUGAAGAUGAGAUCUAAAACUAAAAGCUGUAAGUUUCAGAUGCAUGCUCAAUCACAUCAGCUAUGUGCAAUCAGUCAGACGACUGCAUUCAGUAACAUAAACUAACUUACUUCC